AUGCCGGAAACAUUGAGCUCCAAGGACCAGUCCUUGUUUCGUCAAGUGGUUCACCACUUUGAGAUGAAGCAGUACAAGAAAGGGAUCAAGACGGCAGACCAGGUUCUUCGCAAAAACCCCAAGCAUGGCGACACACAGGCCAUGAAGGCUCUCAACAUGAGCCAGAUUGGCCAAUUGGAGGAUGCCUUUGCGCUCGCCAAGAAGGCUCUCCAGAACGAUAUGAAGUCGCAUAUCACCUGGCACGUGUAUGGAUUGCUACUACGCCAGGAGAAGAACUACGAGGAGGCCAUCAAGGCAUACCGAUUUGCCCUCCGCCUCGAGCCCGAAUCGCAGCCUAUUCAGCGUGACUUGGCCCUGCUCCAGAUGCAGAUGCGGGAUUACCAGGGAUACAUCAAGAGCCGCAAUGCGAUGCUGCAAACUCGACCGGCAAUGCGCCAGAACUGGACAGCUCUUGCGAUUGCCCAUCACCUGGCCGGCGAUUUGGCAGAGGCCGAGAAGGUUUUGACUACCUACGAGGAUACACUGAAGGGGGCCGUUCCGCCUGUCGCCGAUAUGGAAAACUCGGAGGCCACUUUGUACAAGAACACGAUCAUUGCGGAGACAGGAAAUAUUGAGAGAGCUUUGGAAAACCUUGAGGCUGUUGGAUACCGAUGCACCGAUGUGCUCGCAGUUAUGGAGAUGAAGGCAGACUACCUUUUGCGAUUGGACCGCAAGGCCGACGCGGAGGCUGCAUACACUGCUCUUCUGGAGCGCAACCCGGACAACUCGGUUUACUACAAUGGCCUGAUCCAGGCUAAGUCCAUCCCUGAAAACGACCAUAAGGCGUUGAAGGCUCUCUACGAUGAGUGGGUUGAGACAUACCCCCGCUCUGAUGCUGCUCGUCGCAUCCCCCUUGAUUUCCUUGAGGGCGAUGAAUUCAAGCAGGCCACCGACGCUUAUCUGCAGCGCAUGCUGAAGAAGGGUGUUCCCUCAUUAUUUGUGAACAUCAAGCAACUUUACGUCAACCCGGCCAAGCGUGACGUCGUACAAGAGUUGGUGGAGGGAUAUCUCUCUGAAAAGGCCACAAACAGCUCCGAGGAGCCCAACGGAGACAACAACGAGUUCCUCUCAUGCACAUACUACUUCCUCGCUCAACACUACAACUAUCACCUCAGCCGCAACCUCACCAAGGCCAUGGAGAAUGUUGAGAAGGCCAUUGAACUUUCACCAAAGGCCGUUGAAUAUCAAAUGACCAAGGCUCGUAUCUGGAAGCACUACGGAAACCCAGAGAAGGCAGCAGAGGAGAUGGAGAAGGCUCGAUUGUUGGAUGAGAAGGAUCGCCACAUCAACACCAAGGCGGCCAAAUACGUGCUCCGAAACAACGAUAACGAGAAGGCCUUAGAACUCAUGGGCAAGUUCACUCGCAAUGAGGCCGUCGGUGGCACAUUGGGUGAUCUUCACGAUAUGCAGUGCACUUGGUUCUUGACUGAGGAUGCCGAGGCUUUCCUCCGACAAAAGAAACUUGGCCUUGCCCUGAAGCGCUUCCACUCUGUUCACAACAUCUUUGAUACAUGGCAAGAAGAUCAGUUUGACUUCCACGCCUUCUCUCUUCGCAAGGGCAUGAUCAGAGCCUAUGUCGACAUGGUGCGCUGGGAGGACCGCCUGCGCGAGCAUCCCUUCUACACAAGAAUGGCUAUUGGAGCUGUCAAGGCCCACCUGCUUCUUCACGACGAGCCGGAUCUCGUACACGGACCGAUGCCCAGCGGAAUUAACGGAAUCGAUGCCACUGAUGAGAACCAAAGGAAGAAGGCUCUCAAGAAGGCCAAGAAGGAGCAGCAGAAAUUGGAGAAGAUCGAGGCUGACAAGCGUGCCGCAAGAAAAGCUGCUGCUGCCAACGCCAAGAGUACGGAUGGUGAGACCAAGAAGGAGGAUGCCGAUCCUCUGGGUAACACCCUGGUCCAGACUCAGGAUCCCCUCAAGGAUGCCAUGAAGUUCUUGACGCCGCUGCUUGAGUCCAGCCCCCAGAAUAUCGAAGCUCAGUGUCUCGGAUUCGAGGUUCACUCCCGAAGGAACAAGCACCUCCUUGCCGUUAAGUGCCUUGCGGCCGCUCAUUCCAUCGACCCCUCCAACGCCACUCUUCACCUCCAAUUGCUUCGCUUCCGCCAGUCUCUCAACAGCCUUUCCGAGCCUCUUCCCGAGCAGGUUGCCGAGGCUGUCAAUGCCGAGUUUGACAAGCUGCUCCCUAAGUCUCAGGACCUUGAGGAGUGGAACGAGUCUUUCCUCUCAGCUAACAAGGGCAGCGCCGCCCACGUGCAAGCCGCCCUUUCUGGGCGUCAGCUCCUCAAGCCGGAAGCUAAGUCCCAGUCUGAGCAAGACCUGCUUGCUACCCUCGACUCCUCCGAUAUCACCAUCGACGAGGCUAUCGCCGCCUUGGACCUUCUGAACAAGUGGGGCAGUGACAAGACUGCCUACGCCGAGAAGGCGAGCAAGAAGUGGCCCGAAUCUUCUGUCUUUGUACUUAACUGA